AUGGUUCUUUUAAUAAAACAAAAUUAUAAAAAAUCCAACGACACCAAAGACGACAGCCUACAGAAAAAAAAACCAAUGGCUGAAAGCUCAAACUUUUCAAGGAGUUCCCAUCAGUGCAACGUUUGCGGGAAAAACGUAUCCACGGCUUUUCAUCUCAAGAGGCACCAACUCGUUCACGCAGAAGUAAGAGCCUUCCAGUGCUCAGUUUGUGCUAAGGUAUUUAAAAAAAAAACUCACCUCACAACCCACGUGUGGACCCACACGGAAACAAAGCCCUUUCACUGUACGGUGUGUCAACAAAAAUUUGGCGACAAAAGCAAUCUCUCCAAGCACAUGCGGACGCACACCGGCGAAAAGCCCCACAAGUGCCCGUUAUGUCCCAAAGCUUUUGGCCAGAAAAACGACUUAAAGAAGCACACGCAAACCCACACGGGAGAAAAACGCUUCAAAUGCGCGUUAUGCUCGCAGACAUUCAGCAACAAAGGCAAUCUCACGAAGCACACGACGAUACACGCAGGUGAAACGCCAUUCGAGUGCUCGUUGUGUCGGAAAUCGUUCGGCCGUAGGGGCACCCUCACAGUGCACAUGCGGACCCACUCGGGCGAAGAGCCCUUCUCGUGCAAGAUAUGCUCCCAGAGAUUCAGCUUCAAGGCCAGUCUCACGUACCACAUGCGGACCCACACCGAUGAAAGGCCCUUCCAGUGUGCCAUUUGUUCCCAAUCCUUUCGGCGGUCCCAAACGUUCAAGAAGCACGUGCGUUGUCAUGCGAGUGGUUUCGACACUUCCCUGGCCUGCCACCAGUGCCUACUCUACUUCGAGGACCCGGACAGUCACAAGCACCACAAACUCGUCCAUCACUUUUACUCCUGUCCUUUGUGUCCACUGUCCUUUGCUCAGGGCAGGGACGUUUCGACGCACAUGGCCAGCCAGCACUGCUUCCCCUGCGACACGUGCCCUGGAAUUUGCACCACGUCCUACGAUCUCGUCAACCACAAACAUAAGAUUCAUGAUUGA